GAUUGGAGCCAGAGUGACGCAACGGUUCCUUCUCCUCCUUUCUUUCCCGCUGCAGAUGGAGCGGAGCUGUCGGUUGCAGAUGACGCCAAUUCCACCACCGAUGGCGAUCGAUCGAGAUAGUGACGCCGACCGAGGGUGUAGAACUGGUAAAUGGGGCUACAGAAGGAGGGAGGUGGCCUUGGGGCCGAGAGCCGAGGUUGAAGGAUCACAUGGCGCCGUAAAACCCCGUGAUCUUUUCUGGAUUUGUCCUUUCCCCGGUUAAUCCCCCCUUUCCUUCCUUUUUUUUGUUUCUUUUUUGGUAAUGAGAAUGCCUCCUUUCCUUCUCAAUUCUUUCGUUCACGGGAGCAAAAAUUGCACCGCACCGGCCUUAUCCUUUCGAGACAGCUUAUAAAUAAUCCGUGUCGUAAUCAAUCUACUUCUUGCGGCUUGUUGGUAUCUUGGUUGUCUUCGUACUUGGAGCUGGAUUCCUUUGAAGGCCGGUCGCUGGGUACAGAAACUAUCCAUUUACUUGAAAAAAGAUCGUAUCUUUUUGUGCUCCUCUGGCGUUAAAUCUUGACCCCUCGCAAUUCUCUGUGUGUUCUUGCUACGCUGGUUUUCUCAUUCUCCUUCAGUGUAUGUCCGAUAGUUUAUCUUCUAGUCGGGCGUUCUUACUUGAACAAUAGACGGAAAAUGGCAUAUGGGCUGUUGCUUGGUUUCUUAUUCCUAGCAUCCACGCUAUCAGGCCAAGUCUCUGCAAAGGAAUGUACGAACACUCCUACUCAGCUAUCCUCGCACACAGUCCGUGCUCAGCUUAUGUCUACCAAGAAUGAAACAUGGAAGGAGGAGAUGCUUUCUCAUUACCACUUGAAUCCAACUGAUGAGUCCACAUGGAUGGACUUGCGCCCUCGAAAGCUUCUGAACACUAAAGCUCCGCUCGAGGAGUUUGAUUGGUUGAUGUUAUACCGGAGCAUGAAGGGGUUGGGAGGGGUCUAUGCGUGGCAGAAAGGAGGAGAUUUCCUCAGCCAAGUCUCACUCCAUGAUGUCCGCCUGGAUCCAGAUUCGAUGUAUGCGCAAGCACAGCAGACAAAUUUGGAGUACCUGUUGUUGCUGGACGUGGAUCGGUUGGUUUGGAACUAUCGAAAUCAGGCCGGUCUAUCUGCUCCUGGUAAACCAUAUGGAGGGUGGGAGGGGCCAGAUGUUCAGCUUAGAGGGCAUUUUGUGGGGCAUUACAUGAGUGCGUCUGCUAUGAUGUGGGCUAGUACACACAAUGAUACUCUCUAUGAGAGAAUGUCAGCAGUUGUUGAUGCACUUGAUGCUUGCCAGAAGAAAAUGGGAACAGGAUAUCUUUCUGCUUUUCCUCCCAGUUUUUUUGACCUCUUUGAAGCUAUAAAAAAUGUCUGGGCUCCAUAUUACACCAUACACAAGAUCAUGGCAGGUCUUCUUGAUCAAUAUUCGUGGGCUGGGAACAGUAAAGCAUUACAAAUGGUGGUCUGGAUGGCUGAAUACUUUGGGAACCGUGUGAAAAAUGUCAUACUGAAAUAUAGUAUAGAGAGACAUUGGUUAUCUCUAAAUGAAGAAACUGGUGGAAUGAAUGAUGUUCUUUAUAGGUUGUACAGCAUAACGAAUGAUCAGAAGCAUUUGAUAUUGGCUCAUCUUUUUGACAAACCAUGUUUUCUUGGUUUUCUUGCUCUGCAGACUGAUAGCCUUUCUGGCUUUCAUGCCAAUACACAUAUCCCAGUUGUUAUAGGAGCGCAAAUGCGAUAUGAAGUCACUGGUGAUGCUCUUUACAAGGAAAUUGGAACAUUCUUUAUGGAUAUUGUGAAUUCUUCCCACAGCUAUGCAACAGGAGGAACCUCCGUCAGUGAAUUCUGGUCUGAUCCAAAACGUUUAGCAGACACUCUAAGUACAGAAAAUGAAGAGUCCUGUACAACAUACAACAUGCUUAAGGUUUCUCGCAACUUAUUCAGAUGGACGAAGGAAAUGAUGUAUGCUGAUUAUUAUGAGAGAGCCCUGAUGAAUGGUGUGCUAAGCAUUCAAAGAGGCAGGGAGCCUGGAGUAAUGAUCUAUAUGCUACCACAGGGGCCUGGGAAGUCAAAGGCACGAAGCUAUCAUGGAUGGGGAACUAAGUUUGAUUCAUUUUGGUGUUGUUAUGGAACAGGAAUAGAAUCAUUCUCGAAGCUUGGAGAUUCUAUUUACUUUGAGGAGAAGGGAAGUACACCCGGACUCUAUAUCAUACAAUAUAUACCAAGUUCUUUUAAUUGGAAAUCCGGAGAGAUUGCACUUCACCAAAAAAUAAAACCUGUUAGCUCACAGGACCCUUACCUUCAAGUCACAUUGACCAUUUCUGCAAAUGAGUCAAUUAGUCAGUCUUCAACCCUGAACCUGCGGAUACCUUCUUGGACAUCUUUAGAUGGUGCAAGAGCAGCAUUAAAUGGUCAAGAUAUGCAACUACCAUAUCCAGGAAAUUUCUUUGGUGUCACCAGAAUAUGGGCUUCAAAUGACAACUUGGGUCUUCAGCUCCCCAUCAAUUUAAGAACAGAGGCCGUAAAAGAUGAUCGACCUGGAUAUGGGUCCAUCCAGGCAAUCCUUUUUGGUCCGUACCUUCUUGCAGGUCUGACUGAUGGCGAUUGGGACAUUAAGACUGGAAAUUCCACCUCCCUUUCAGAUUGGAUCACUGCAGUACCAGCUUCAUAUACUUCUCAGCUGACAUCACUCACCCAACAGUUCAACAACAAGACCAUGGUCAUCUCUAACUCAAAUGGUUCUCUCGCGAUGGAGAACUGGCCCGACGAUGGAACUGAUGGUGCUGUUCAUGCAACGUUCCGAAUUGUCACUCCAAACUCAAAGAGCUCACGUGUCUCUGCCCGUAAGAUGGUUGUUGGAAGCUCUGUGAUGCUUGAGCCAUUUGAUCUUCCUGGGAUGGUGGUGCAGCAAGGGCCAAAUAAUGGCCUGAUAAUCUCUGGUGCCACUGGAUCAAGAUCUUUAUUCCGCCUGGUUCCAGGAUUGGAUGGGAACCCAAACACUGUGUCUUUAGAAUCAGUGAGCCAACAGGGCUGCUUUGUGUCUAGUGGAGCAAGUACUUCAACCAGGAGCAUUCAGCUCAUAUGCCAAGGGGUUUCAGUAUCAGAUGACAUAUCCUUCCGUCAGGCGGCAAGUUUCACUCCUGUUUCUGGGUUGAGGCAGUACCAUCCUGUCAGUUUUGUGGCCAAGGGUGCAAGAAGAAAUUUCCUCUUGGAGCCGUUGCUGAACUUGAGAGAUGAAACUUACACCAUCUAUUUCAACAUUACAGCUUGA